AGAGUUAUUUCAUCACAGAAGCAAACGUAAGCAUGUUAAAGCUAGCCAAGCAAGCAAACUCGAUUCUGUAUGACUACAAAGUUCCCGACACAUUUGGCGUUAGCGCCGUGCUCAUGAACGGCCUUCCAAUCGCCAUAUAUGCUCCAGAGACUGUGGGUUGCACGGCCGUAGAUAAAUACGGGCGAUGUGCGGCUGCAACGUCAACCGGUGGGCUGAUGAAUAAGAUAAACGGGCGAAUCGGUGACUCGCCGUUGAUCGGGUCAGGAACUUACGCAUGUAGAGACUGUGCCGUGUCAUGCACAGGAGAAGGAGAGGCAAUAAUUCGAGCGACACUGGCUAGAGAUGUGGCCGCCCUUAUGGAAUACAAGGGAAUGGGCUUGAAGGAGGCCGUGGAUUGUGCCAUUAAGGAGAAGUUGGACAAGGGCUUUGCGGGCUUGAUAGCUGUUUCAGCUAAAGGGGAAGUGGCUUAUGGAUUUAAUACUUCGGGAAUGUUUCGGGCUUGUGCUGAUGAGGAUGGUUUCAUGGAAGUUGCUAUUUGGGAGUAAGAGAUUAAAUACUUACUUCUAUGGAAUUUAUUACUUUUCAUCAUCAUUCAUCCAAUAUAUAAAUGUUUG